CUCUGUGAAAUUGCUGUUAAAAUGAGAAAUUUGUAAGUUUUUGGAACAAUUUGAUCAAGAUAACGGAGAUAUGAGUGAAUUCAAGUCGUUUUCCGACUCCCGCCGUUUUUCGCUUUACAAAAGUGGGUCGGAAAAGUGUUAAAAACGUGGAGAUUAUCUUGUUUUGGUUCGCUGGCAAAAGUGGGAGGCUUUUUGAUCCGGGUGUGCCGGGAUCCGUGCUACAAAAGAAACACGAACCUGUCCUAGAGUGGUCUCGGGAGUGGUGCUGCUGCUGUGAAAACCACCGACAUCGACUUCGACGGGAUUUCUCGGUCGUUACCGGGCACAGUUAGUCUCCUGUGCAGAACAUUAGCGAACGAAGAAAGGGAAAGUGUUUCUCGUGCGUGCCGUGUGCGAUCGAUAGCUCGCUGGGCGAACUCAAGUGCUUAGUGCUUCGUCAAACAGAAACAACAACCAAUCAUGGCCAUGUCAAAAGGAUUCCGUGUGCUGGAGAAAUCCAAACCACCGUCACCGCACAGCGUCCUGCUGGAGCAUCGGAACAAAGCCGAGACGCUGCUCUUCGAAUCCCAGGCCGUUGCCGUUCUCUCUGCCCAAGAAACGGAGAUCGUGCGUAAACAGUACACCAAAGUACUGGAUGCAUAUGGGUGUCUUGGUGUGCUGCAGUUGAAUGCGGGCGAUAGCUCGCUGCUGUAUCUGGUCAUGGUGACCGGGUGCUUCUCGGUGGGCAAAAUACUCGACAGUGAAAUCUUUCGCAUCACCCAAACGCAGUUCGUCUCGCUCCAGUAUCAACCGACAAACGAAGAUAAGGUUGCGGAAAUACGCAAAGUGUUAAACUCGGGCACGUUCUAUUUCUCCUUCACGAAUCCCUCAUCCGCCACUGCACCGUCAACAUUUGGUUUCGACAUUACCCUGUCCGCUCAGCGACGUCGCCGGACGAAGGAAACGGACAAUCGGUUCUUCUGGAACCGCAUGCUGUUCAUUCAUCUGUUGCGCUUCGGUGUGGAGUGCAACUUUUGGUUGCUACGGGCGAUGUGCGGAUCCGUGGAGAUCCGCACGGUAUACGCCGGUAGCAAGCAAGCCCGAGCGGCCAUCAUUUCACGCCUAAGCUGCGAGCGAGCCGGCACUCGGUUCAAUGUGCGCGGUACCAACGACGAAGGGUGUGUCGCUAACUUUGUCGAAACGGAACAGUGCAUCUACUUGGACAACGAGAUCACCUCGUACGUGCAGACGCGUGGCAGUGUGCCGUUGUUCUGGGAGCAACCGGGCGUACAGGUGGGCUCGCACAAGGUGAAACUCUCGCGCGGUUUCGAAGCCUCUCGAUCGGCCUUCGAUCGACAUAUGUGCACGAUGAAGGCCCGCUAUGGGCAGCAAGCGAUCGUCAAUCUGCUCGGUACCAGCCUGAUCGGUAGCAAGGAAGGCGAAGCGAUGCUGAGCAACGAGUUCCAGCGGCACCACCGCGAAUCGAACCACAUCGAUGUGCCGCACCUGGUGUUCGAUUAUCACCAGGAGUGCCGCAGUGGUAAUACCAGUGCAUUGGCCAAGCUGAAGCAGCGCCUCGAUACUACUUGCGCCGAUUUCGGCAUGUUCUACGCGAUCGGUGACGCGGUUUAUCGCGAACAGAAAGGCGCCAUCCGGACGAACUGUCUCGAUUGUCUAGACCGGACGAACUGUGUCCAGACGUACAUCGGGCUGGAGAUACUGAGUGAACAGAUUCUGCAGAUGAGCGCCCUAGUGGACAAGAAGCAACAGAUGGCAUCGCGCUUCGAGGAGGUGUUCCGGCAGAUGUGGAUCAACAAUGGUAACGAGGUGAGCAAGAUCUAUGCUGGCACCGGCGCAAUACAGGGCGGCUCGAAGUUGAUGGAUGGUGCACGAUCUGCGGCACGUACCAUCCAGAACAAUCUGUUGGAUAACUCGAAGCAGGAGGCGAUCGAUGUGCUGCUCGUUGGUUCGACUCUCAGCUCGGAGCUGGCUGAUCGAGCAAGGAUACUGUUGCCAUCCAAUAUGCUUCACGCACCAACACCAGUCUUGAGGGAAAUGUGCAAACGAUACGAGGAGUACGUGAAUCCGGUUGGUAUUAGGGUGGCCUGUGGCACGUACAAUGUAAAUGGUGGCAAACACUUCCGUAGCGUUGCCUACAAGGAUGUCUCGCUGGCCGAUUGGUUGUUGGAUUGCCAUCGAUUGGCACGAUCGCGGUCGUUGGUCGAUUUCAGUCACGCAGAGGACACCAACGAACCACCGGUUGAUGUGUUUGCCAUUGGAUUUCAGGAGAUCGUUGAUCUGAACGCGUCCAACAUUGUUGCUGCCAGUUCCGACAAUGCCAAAUCGUGGGCCGAAGAGCUACAGAAGGUGGUAAGCCGCGAUGAGGAGUACGUGAUGCUGACCUAUCAGCAGCUGGUAGGCGUUUGUUUGUACAUCUUUAUCCGGCCCAAGCACGCACCGUACAUCCGUGAUGUGGCGAUCGAUUGCGUUAAAACUGGGCUUGGGGGUGCCACCGGUAAUAAGGGGGCCGCAGCUAUCCGUUUCGUCCUGCACGGUACCUCGCUGUGCUUCGUGUGCGCCCACUUUGCCGCCGGCCAGUCACAGGUGGCCGAGCGAAACGCGGAUUACGCGGAAAUCACACGUAAGAUCGCGUUCCCGAUGGGUCGAUCGCUCAAAUCGCACGAUUACAUCUUCUGGUGCGGUGACUUCAACUAUCGCAUCGACAUGGACAAGGACGAGCUGCGCGAAAUGUUGCGGGGUGGUGGUGCGUCGACGGAUUUGAGCACCAUUCUUCCGUAUGAUCAGUUGCGCAUCCAGCAAAACGCCGGCAGCGUCUUCAACGAGUUUCUCGAGGGUGAGAUCACGUUCCCGCCGACGUACAAGUACGAUCUGUUCAGCGAUGAUUACGAUACGAGCGAGAAGGCACGUGCACCGGCCUGGACAGAUCGGGUGCUGUGGCGACGAAGGAAGCAGAGCCCCGAUGCCGACCGUCAUCCGGGCUGGAACCCGGGCCGUCUCGUUCAUUACGGCCGCGCCGAGUUGAAACAAAGCGAUCAUCGUCCGGUGAUCGCACUGAUCGACAUUGAAGUGCAACGGAUCGAUCCAGCCCGCCGUACUACCGUGUUUGGGGAUGUAAUUCGCGAUCUGGGACCACCGGAUGCAACGAUUCUGAUACAGGCCAACAAUGCUGGCGGAUCUGGUAGCGGCGGAGUGUACGCAGACUCCGGCGACGAUGAAGACGAGGGCAGCAUAUACGAUGAGAAUCUAAUGGCCGCAUUAAUACAGGAAUUGACCCAGAUCGGUGAGGUGACGCUCGUGCGCUUUGUUGGCGACACGAUGUGGGUCACCUUCCGAGACGGACAGUCGGCCCUGACGGCGGCCCAGAAGCAGUCGGUACAGGUGUGCGGUGUGCAGCUUUCCAUCAAGCUGAAAACGGACAAUUGGGUCGAACAGGUAGAAAAAGAGAUUCUUCUCUGCACACCGAACACCGUCAGCUUCUGUGAUGCGUCCGGAUCGUCCGCCAUCGGAGAUUACAACAGUCUCGGUAUCCCCGAGAUGCCCGCUGCUCGUCCGAAGAGUCCACCGACGGCGCAACCGGGUCGCACUACUGGGCCCCCCAGUCGGCCACCUCUACCAAAGUCACCGCAAGCAUCACCAAAGCACCAGCCAGCGCACCACCAACAUCCCCAUCCGCUUCCCCAUCAGCAACAUCACCAUCAUCCUCGAGCGGGUGUCAUCAGUCUCGGGCCGGAAGUGCUGCUUGCUUCCAAGGUACCCCAGAAACCACCACAACGACCAACACCCCCCGUGGAGGAGUACGCCAGCUCGUCGCCCCUUCCAGGCUCUCCGCUGCAUUCGGCGUCGAUCUCCUCCCAGCAGCAGCAACAGGCGGACUCUUGUGCAAUUUACGAGGAAAUCAAUGAUGAUUUCAUUCCAGUCCAGGAACAGCCACGUGGACCACCUCCACCACCUCCGCCACGAAGUGAUGUUUACGAUCUGGAUGUGGUUAGCAAUAGCAGCAGCAAAUCGACGAACAAGUCGUCCCCGCCAGGCACCUCUGGCAGCUCGGGAGCUGGUUCUCCUCUCUCGGCGAGCAACGCAUCGCUCGGCGCCGGACCGCCGAAAGGUGUUCCUCCACCGCUACCCUCUCGUCGCGGUGGUCCUCCUCCAAUUCCCAACCGUAGCGGUGGACCACCACCGUUGCCUGCGCGUCCAAAUGUCCCCUAAAGCGUCACUCUAGUUCUUCUCAUAAUCCAUCCCACCAUACGCAUGCUACACAUGAUCCAGAUCAAAAACAAGAUGCAAAUGGGGAGAGUGCUUUAGUCGUUACAAAAACUGGAAGUCUAUCUUCGAUCGGAAGUGUCGAUCGUUUCAUCGCAAUAAUCAAAGAUAGGUCACUCUAGAAACAAAUAUCCACCAGCUUCUUUAGCUUCACCAUUCUGCUCGGCAAUAAAUCCGACAGACUCAUUUGGCCAGCCUCAGCCAACCAGAUGCUUCGAGACCGUACAGCAACAUUCCAAAGUCGCUCUUGAAUGGAAGAGGUGGCUACUCCAAACUGUUUUCAAACUGUUACGUUCCUAGGCAUUAGUAUAAUUGAAACGAACCGAGAUGAAAAUGCAAUCAUGACAGAUCCUCUAUUACUUAUGAGACUUAUGUUAAGCUGUCAGCGGGCCAGUGAGCGAAUUUUCCGUUUGUUCUGGGAUACGGUUCUAUGAUAAGCUUCCGACGGAAGGGGGAAAGAUUAUUGAAGGUUGUUUAUUUAAGUGUUUCGCAUUCCGUCAAGUAUGUUAUUUAUUAUAGGUCACAUUGUGAAAACUCACUGGAGCUAAGUAAGCGGAAGCAGCUUAAAAUGGUGGCAGCGAGUGAUCAAGCUAGAAGUCUGAAUGGUCCGAUUGGUUCAUAAUACAUCAAUUAGAGUAAUGCAUGUUGCGCACCACCAAUUAGAGACGCCUGCAAAUCCGUAGUAGGAGCUUCAAUAGAGGGCUUACGAAAGGGCGCAAGUCAAUCGGAUCGAUCCGACUAUCCGACCAGAAAUUGUGUGCGUAUGUGUAACUCAUCAUACAUCGUAUAUGCGCUUAUUACACAGCCUGGGCACUGUGUUUACGUAGAGAAGAGAAGAAACUGUAUCGAUCAUAUAAAGAUAUGCCUAGUUAUAUACAUACAUGAGAAAAAAAAAACAGUUACUAACCUACUAGCUGGUUGCAAAAUGUUUAAAUAACGUUAGCGUUCGUAGCACCUAGUACUCGCCGCAGUAUUCGGCAGACAAGCAAUGGAAUGUUUUAAUCGUUCUUUCAGUUAAGUGGUGGCAAUAUCGUUGGGUUCGUUACAUUUUCAUCCCAAACAGGAGUGGCUGGGGCCGGAACGGCUGUUCGAGAAGUCCUUAUGUAUUGUGAAUGUGUGCGAAUAUAUUAGCCCCUCACCCCAGUUAUAUCGUGGUAUGAAUGGAUUAGUUGGUUCGUUUGACGACGAAUCUAGAGUAUUUAUCGGUUUGAAAGGAUAUCCGCACAGCGAAGGGGAGGUUGGGCAACGAAUCGAACGCAGCAUCCAGUGGUGUACGUAUCAUCAUCGUGUUAAAGGAUUGAACUAUUAUUAGCAUAAAUCGGAUGAAUAAAGGCGACGAUAAAA